AUGCGGUCAUCUCAGUUUGGAUCGAGAUUUUCUCAUUUAUCUCAUUUUUCAGCGCUCCGAUGUCGGAUCGACUUCGGCUGAUGGUAAUACUGCUACUUGCAAUUUCUUCAGGUUCGUAUUUAUUUUCAAAAUAUUUAGAAUUUGUAUAUAUCAGUGCGUACUGAAUCUAGCAGCGGCUACAAAUUUACAUAGGUUAUCAGUUUUAAUUGCAACAGGAAAAAUAGAAAAUUUCGGUAAAAGGCGCUUUUUACAAGGGGAACUUUUUUUAUUCAAUUAAAUUGACUUAAACAUUUUUAACGGAACUAAUUUCAAAUUUAAGGUUAAAAAAAAUAUUGUCAUAAAUAAUUAUAUCGAUGAAUUUCACAACAGCGACGCGUUAAUCUGUGUCAAAUUUAUAUAUUAUCACUGUAAACUAUAUAUUAUCACUGUAAACUCAACACAAUAAAAAUUCAGUAAUUCGAUAAAUAUGAAAUUUGAAAGAAAUAGAAAGGUAGAUUUUCUAGGAAGUUUUUAUCCUCAAAGUUUUCAACAAGAAUGAAUCUUCUAUCAAGAAAUUUACCUCAAAAAAAGAAAAUGUUAUCUCGAGUAAUAUUCUUGAACUCCGUUAGUUUUAAUAAACUUGUUGUAGAGCCUGAAAAGUUAAUUUGGUGUCAAAACCCAAAAUAUUCUAUCGUUUUUGAAGAAUGUCUUUCUCCGAACCUCAACUUUUUUGAGACUGGCGCAACUUGCCAUAAAUCACAAGAAGAUAAAGAAAAUCACGGGGAAACAUCUCCGAAAGGCCUGUAAUUAGGCGGAGCGAUGACGACAGCCGCCUGGCAAAUUGUUGCGUGGCGAAAUUAGCCGCGACUCUUUGAAAUUGACCAACGGAUUAUCUGCAAAUCUCCACUUGCAUAACUACAAAUUGACGGGACCCCACGGCUCAAUUCCUGACUUGGCGGGACUCCCGGGGGAGCCGCUAUUUGCGGCUUCGACGACAUUUUAUACGACUCGAAGUAAUUGAUAGGGAUUUGUAAAGGUUAAGCUCUCUGCUGAUCCUUGCAAUAUUUCGAUGGAGCACUAGUGAAAUAAGAAAAUAUGUAAGAAAAGGUCAAGGUUUUGAAGAAACUGUUUUGAAGAACACAAAAGUUCCGAAAAGGCUUUAUCUGAUUUAGUGGCUACUCUAGAGGCUCGCCAAGGACUACUUGGAGAUAUCACUAAACCGACCUCUAUAGUGGCUACUAUAAAGGUUCUCUAUUUAGUGGCCACUUCAGUAGUUUUUUAUCCAGUAUUCCUUCCAAUAACUCUGAUAAUUUUUAAAAACAAACAGAUUAGACCAGUUAUGUUGAUCCAUAGACCCCUAGAGUGGCCACUAAAAUUUUUAGUGGUCUAGUAGUAGCACUUAGACCUCUAUAGUGGCCACUAAUUUUUAACCCCUUAAGUGGCCACUAAUUCGACUAUUAUAGUAGCCACUAAAAUGACAAAACCCUAUGGGUGGCCACCAAAAAUUAUCCCAGUAGUUCCAUUUUUUCUAAGUUUCCUCUUCUAACUAUUCAACGAUUCAUAGCCGCACACGGGACCUGCAAUUUGUUGGGCCGACGUGCUCAGUGGAGCGUACUUGUGCAACUUUUGCCGUGCAAAUUAGUUGUUAUUAGUCCAAUUUGAUCGAAUUGCUCCUGCUGAAAACGUCCUUGGCCGGCGGCCGAUUGAGCAGAAAACUCGACAAAAGGGUCGAGAUUCCGCGCGCCUUUAAUUAACUUUAAUUACACACUGUAGCGUUUGCUCAACACUGAGGAAAAAAGAUCUGGAGAAUGUUUGGGAACGAAAAAAGAGAUUGGAGAAAGUAUACGAAGGGAUCAGGAGCUAACACGUAAGAUGAAUAAUUUUUGGAUGCUCAACCGAUUUUUGAGAAUGGACAUUUGGUUUGUGGUAAUUGGAUAUUGUAAUUUUUAGGUUGAUUGUUAGAUAUUUUGGGAACUAAUACUCCGACUUAUCAAGCUUAGCCUCAUUUUUUCUACAGCAAUAACUAAGUUUAAUCAAACGUGAUCUUCGAAUUUACAGAAGGGUCUCCCUCGGACCGUGAUGAGCCGAAAAAGAAGCCUUCGGAGCAACUCGUGCCGGUCGGGGCGACGACGGCUCUCAUGUGCGAGCCGGCCUUCGUCUCAGACUCCAAGGCGACUUGGUUCCGCGACGGCUCUCCUGUCGCUACAGUAUCCAAGUGAGAGAGUCCUUGGCAAAACCUUCAAAAAGAAUAUCUCAGCCAUUCCAACGCCAUCUAUCAGAAUCGAUCUCCUACGGCGCCGGCGGCGGAAAAGCUCCCCGAAGUCGGCUUCCUGACCAUCUUCAAUGUCUCCAAAGGUUCUCUAACUAUUUUUAAAUGAAUGUUCCUUGAAUUUAACUCAAAAAUCUUUGUUGAUCGAGCUUUUUCUUCUUAAUAUUCUUUUUUUUUUUGAGCGAUUUUUUUCUUGUUCAGAUGUAAUUUUUGGACUCGUAUCUCUUUCUAGAAGACCUGCAGCCCUAAUAAUCGUAUCUGACUCAAAAACACGUUUGGGGGAUAAAAAAAAAAUAAACCAAACAGAAGGAAACUUUUUGAAAAAAAAAUUUCAUUCUGCAAUUUGAGGGAGGAUUUUAUGUAGAUCAAAAAGACCAGUUUAUGAAAAAUUCCACAACUUUGAAAAGUUUCCAGAAGACCAAGGGACUUACUGGUGUCGAAGGGAAACUGACGGACAAUUUGGCGAAGUUUUCAACCUCCAAGUGGCUUUUCUCGAUGUGCCCACAGAUUUUCACAUAACUCUUUCGGUGAUUCCUUUUUUCAUCAAAUCUUCACAUUUAUGUUUCAGUCAAAACAUCCAAAAACCGGAGAGAGUUUCUACGCUCAUUGUCCCAUUCCGGAAGGCUUUCCGACGCCUAGAAUCACUUGGACCGUGGUCAGUUAUUUUUUUCAUUUAUUUAUUUAUUCGUUUCACAAGUUUGUAUUUAAAUGGGGAAUUAGAAGUUAAUUAUGGGACUGGAAUGUAAAAAAAGCCGAGGGAAAUUUUUGAAAAAAAUAACACCUAGAAUUGUGAAGAAACCAAAAAGAAAUUUGAUGAUUGAUGACUUUGAACUUUUUUUCUUUGUACGUCUCACAAAAUCCGUAAAAAUUUUUUUCAAAAGAAUUUAUUUAAAUUUUUUUCACUGUGACCAUCUCUGUUACAAAAAGCUUGGCGAAGUCGAAAAAAAUAUUUUUUUGGCUUCAUAUUUUUAAGAUUAUUCUCUCAAAAUAUUUGAAAAGAUUAUGGAACGAAAUCCAGCGGUUAAUCUAGUCCACCAAUAGCUUCUAAGGUUGUAAUUAUUUUCAUUCGCUUCAGUAAAUUUGUAGUUUCUUUCUGUGAUUUUUCAUAUUCAAAAAGGCAUAAAUAAUAAAGACAGACUUGAUUUCAUUCAUUUUUCGUGACAGGCUUGAUAUUUCAGAACGAGAUGCCGAUGUCGCACGUUUCCUCCGAUUUCGAGGUGUUCGCCAACGGAACUCUCCAUCUGCCGCGGAUGUCUUUCCACCAUUUCGGAACACUUGAAUGCCGCGCCUUGAAUUUCGCCGGCAAAGCUAUCGCCAGGACCUUUGUCUCUUCCCGAGAGCUUCAUCCGCAGAUGGGUGAGCUUCUUUCAGUGAUCUUGAUUCGGCGUUGGCUCCAGUUUUUGUUUGAGAAUCCCCACGAGUUUGCUGAAAACUGUUCUAGGCAUUGAUAGUCGAGUUUGCAGAGUAGCAUUAUCUUUUUCAAAGUCAUUUGCUUAGAUCCUUUAGGCGCUUUAAUUCAGCUAGAAAUAACAUUGAAAACGUCUCUUCGCUUACGAGGAAGACCAUUUUUCUUUAUGGUUGGGAAUUUUUUUUUUGAUUUCGUCAAACACUUUUUGAUGUUUUAGUGGAACUUCCAGAUGAAGAUCCUGAAAGAUUAGACCUGCACAACUUCCUGGUUUUCAAGAAAAAAGGGUUCAAAGUUUCAAAUCAACCGAUUUCAACUGAUUUUGAUGGUUUUCUUUGAAUUUGAACGGUUCUUUCGGAAAAAAAAGUGGAGUUGUCCAGCUUGAAACUUCGAGGAUCUUCAUCUGACACAACAUGGUGCGCUCUUGUCAGUUUCGGCCGCAAAACGGCAAAGCAAAAUUACCUCCUUUGUCAGGAACAUUUUCUUUGUCAUUUUCCUAACGCAGAAAGGUUUUUUGGACGUAAAAGCUUCAUGUUUGGAAGAUAAACCAUUGAAUUAAGUCUGAACAGUUUCAUUCGAGUUAUGUCUUAUUUUGGAGGUGCUUGGGUUUGGGAUGGAAGGAAAGAAAUUUUCGACGUAUUCUAGCAUUUCCUCUAUCUCACCUCACUACUUUGAUCUGUUUCAAUUUCAGAAUCAAUACAAAUGGAGAGUAUCGGAAACUCGCUCCGCGGGUCUUUCCACAGCGCCUGCUUUAUGUUUCUCAUGGGCUGCUUAGCAACUUGGUUAGUUGAAUCUAUUUUUUUCAAAAUUUCGUGUUCAUCUCAAAAAAUACGGUCUGGUAAAGUUUGACGUGGCUUGCUUCUGGUUGUCGCUACAAACUUGGGUAAAUUUCCAAAAUCUAUUUUUUCUCAAUUGAGCUACUAAAAGAACGUAGAUUGAUCUAGAAAAGUUUUCAGACUGGAGGUUAUUUUAAGCUCGUUUUGAGGCUUGAAUCAGUUAGACCAUUAUAACAGACGGAAUUCUUUGAAGAAAAAUAGAUAUACCCCACUGAAACAAUUUUAUCAACGACUGAAGCUCUUCAAUUUCUUCAAAAAGGAAGUGUUGUUGCAGCGCUUGCGUGCUCAUCUACCUCCUCGGCGUCGUGUGUCUGAUGCGUCGGCGACCGCGUCUGACGCUGCGCCCGACUUGGUGGUCCCGAGGCGACCCGGCCCUUGCCCCGGGCUUCCGGAAGGCCGUAGUUCCCCUUCCCGACUGCUUCGCCAACGCCCGAAUGUUGUCUCCCGCGUGA